GAGGGGUAACAAAACUUUGCCUACACUGUUGCUUUCGGCAGGCGAAUCCGUCUUUCUUUGAGACAAGUGUCUGGAUUUGGUUAUCAGUCAGAUUUCACUUCAGAUGAGUGUGAAAUUGGCGGACUUUUUGCAGUUUUCCCGAGUUCUUCGCCACAGCUGUGACAUGUAGACGUUCAACGAGGUCAUUUGGCGAGAGCUGCGUGCCUGUAAAUGCCAGUCAAUCUCGAUAAAAAAUACGCCCCCGACCUACAAGCAGAUCGACGUUUACUUUGCAACCAUGUCAGGAAGUAAAAACAAUGCUCCUCUUGUGCCAAUCAGGCCUCCACCACCUCCUCCUGGAGCUCAGGGAAGCAACAAGCAAAAUGUACCUGCCAAAAUAAGGAGUGGAAUGAACCUGUCGAAACUCCUUCCGAAGCGGAUGCAGAGAAAUGGUCCGAGUGCUCUGGGUCCUCAGGGUUCAAAAAAGUCUGCACCACCACCCAGACCUCCUCCUCCAAAGGUCGCUCCUAAGCAACCGGUGCUCAUUGACCUUCUGAGUGGUUCUCCUCCCAGUUCUCCGUCUCCCACUCUUCGUUCACAGGAGAGUGGCUUCGAAGAGUCGCCGGACGUCUGGCGCAGUUGGCCCGACAGUUCCAACUCCACUCCAAUGGUGGACUGGACGGUGGGGCCAACGACCAAUAGUUUUGCAUCCGCAGACCCGUGGGAUAUGGAGUGGCCGACGUCGUCGGCAAAUCAGACUUCUUCGAAUUGGGCCAAAUUCGACUCGGUCCAGCCGCAGAGGCAGUUGUCCGAGGUCCGGUCGACUACGAUGCCGACCCUGGGCUCUUCUGCGCCUGUAUCAGGCUCAGCUGCUGCGGCAACCAUCAAGAGUGCGCCAUCCAUGCCCACCAUCAUCAGGGGUGGACCUCCCAAAAAACUGGUCAAGAAAGAUAAAGUGGAGGAGAUUUUAGAGGAUGAAGUUAGUCUGGUCUACAGCCCUCCAAUGCCGAGUUUUCCUCCUCCUGAACUUCCAGCCGACGUUGAAGACUCCUCUAGUGAAACAUCCAGUAACUUUGUAGCCAUUGCUCUUUAUGAUUACGAGUCAGAUCAUCCUGACGACCUGAACUUUAAGGCUGGAGAUGUGAUUGAGGUGCUCUCGGCAGUGAACGAAGACUGGUUUACUGGGCAGUGCGGAGACAGGGUAGGACAUUUUCCAUCCAAUUUUGUGGAGCCUCAGUGAUUCGAGGCAAAUUUCAUCAAAAUGUGAUCGUGCGACUUUUUUGCCCCCAAUAUUCGAUACAAGCCCAUUAAGUGAUCUGCAUUUUUUGUGUGCGUCAGGGUAACUUGACUGCAUCAGCUUAUUCAACAUUCGUCAAAUAUCCAUGAUUUAUGAAUUCAGUGCAUCCAUUUGCUGCCAAUUUACAUUAGUUAAAACGCUACUUUAAUGCUCUAGUGAUCUUAGAUUAAUCCACUUUUCACCUUUGUAAUUUUAGUACGAGUAAUCCUCACUGAAAAAUUCAUAAAUUUUUACAAUUCUUGAAUAAAUAAAAUACUGUUUCUCUCUAUUGCAUAAAAACCUGAAACGAUUAAUUUGUAAAUCCUCUGAACUUUGAUAUUAUUUAUGUUAUGCAGGGUGAUACUCACAGAUGGCGUUCUUAGUGAGCAAUUGACUUAAUGACUGAGUUCAACAAAAAACAUUCGCUCCCUUCUCUUGCAGGAUAGAUUUGGAAUGUUUGUAAAUAGUAGCUGGAGGCGCGCCACUUGGCACUCUUUGAAGGAGAUUUUUUGUUGCUCCAUCA